ACCGCUAAUUAAUAAUCAAAAUAAUUCUGAUUAAGAGAAAAAGUAGCCGUUACAGUCCCCGUUUCUUUCCCAUUUUGGACCUAACAGUUCAGCUGGAAAAUAUUUCUCCAUCCAAUCCCACAUACAUUAAACAUAAGUUUCAGCUUACCAUUUCUCUGUUUUUGCUCAAUAAAUAGAGAAAACAAAACUGAAAAUUGGAAAUUUGUGAGAUUCUGCUUUACUUGUGAGAAAUGGCCGAAUCUUCUUCAUCCUGUUUCCUGCAAUCAUUCUCAUCACCUUCUCAAAUUUCUCAAGAAGCCAACCAGGUUAGUCCUAGAUUAAACUACACAAUUACUCCCAUCGCCCUAAUUUACGUGACAAUUUUUUCAGAAUUCAAACAAGUCUUUUUUUUACCGUAAUUUUGUAAUAUAUCUGAAUUAUCAAUUAUUGCGACUUAUAGUACUUUUUAUGUAAUUUUUAAAUAUAUAAAUUUUAUUUCAAAAGAAAUAAAAAUUUUAUGUCCGAAUCCACAUCAAGAUUAAACUGUUUGACUUUCGAAAUUCAAACUAUGUCACAUAAAUUGGGAUAGGUGAGUAACUCUUUUUCGAAGUGUUAGUUUGUUUCCAGGGUUUUGCUUUUUUUUUUUUUUUUUUUUUGCAAGAAAUUCUUCCAAGUUGACAAACUGCCGAAAAUGAUUUUGUGAGAACUCCAAAAAACUUGUUCAAUCUCUUAUGUAAUGGAGGUCUGAUAAUUCAGGCACUAGGUUUACUUGUAAUUUCUGCUUCUUUUGUAUUACUACUAUUUUUCAAGUUGUUGGGUUUUAUGUUUUAUAUAAUCAUUAGAGAAAUUAUACGUCUGAAUAUGUCCGUUUUACUCUGUAUGUAUGUGUUACGAUCUAGAAGAAGUAUAAUUGCUCUCUUAAUUGAGGAUUCUUCUAGAACAUUCCUAAUUAAUAAGCUAUGUAGCCUGCAUGUUAUGAAAUGUCCACAGAUUAGAAAAUAUUUGGGGUUGAACUUCCUUUGGAUAUGUUUGAUACUGAUAUAAGGCAGAAUACCUCAAGACCCCUUAAAUUUGGCGUGUUUUAUUCUGAUCCCCUUAAACUAUACCUGGUCCUAGUUACCUUCCACUACUUGAUUUUUUUUAUAAUCGUUACCCCCUCAAACAAUAAGUGGUCCUAAUUACCCCAAUGUACUUCAUUUUUCUAAAAUCAUUAUCCCUUCAAAAGAAAAAUGGAAAAGAAGGAAAAAUUGGUAGCUAUAUUUUAAUGGAGGAAUAGAGAAGGUAUAUGGAAGGAGGUAAGAAAAUAGCCGUUGGAAUGACUAAAUAUAAAGAAAAUGUUAUUUUAGAUUUUUUUUAUACAUCAUAUUAAUGUGAUAUGGCUACAAUUUUACACUCUCUCGCACGAAACGACAUUUGAAAUCACUUGGAUUAUAAAAAAGCCAAGUGCUGGAAGGUAAUUGGGACCAGUUAUUGUUUGAGGAGAUAACGGCUAUAAAAAAGUGAAGUACAGAUGCUAAUUAGGGCCAGGUAUAGUUUAAGAGGAAAUGGAAUAAAAUGUGACAAAUUUAGGGGAUCUUUAGGUAUUAUGUCUUGAUAUAGUGGUAACUUAAUAUAGAAGCCGAGGCGAAAAUUCGUAUUUACAGUGAGAUCCUCUAAGAACAUCAAUUUCGUUUGGGAGAUUUAUGUGUGAAUCCCUGGACUGGGAGAAGUGGUCAUCAUUUACUCACAACCGGUACAGGGAAGAAGUAGAGAAGUAUUCAAAGCCUGGUUCAGUUGCUGAAAAGAAAGCUUAUUUUGAGGCUCAUUACAAGAGAUUAGCUGCUCAAAAAGCUGCCGCUUUGCUAGAACAGUAGCAGAACGCAGAAGUUGAUGAAUCGGCUGAUCUGAAUGUUACAAGUCACGACAAUGAUCAUUUGACAAUGGAAGAAGAAACUCAGGAAGAAGAGGCAGGGGAUCUGAACGUGAUACAUCAAUAUAUUGAUGAGUCCACAAUGGACUCUGAGGUGACUGAGAAUAGUAGUUAUCAUACAUAUGAAGAAAAUAAUGUAGACAUUGCAGAAACUGAAGAACAUGCCAAACAACCCUGUCAAACGAAAAAUGAUGUUGAGUCACUGGAUCAGCCAGAACAUAUUGCAGAAGAGGCCACUGAGACUAUACCCCAACUACAAGAGAAGACAAAAACCAAGGGUCAGUGUGCGGCUACUAUGGGAGAUUCUGUGUUGUCAGCAAAGAGGAAAUCUUUAUCCUUGAGCACUAGAUUAUCAUGUAACAAUGACUUGUCAAAGUUCAUAUCUCGCGGGAAAGCUAAAAUACCUGCGCAACAUAAUGAGAGUGUUCACUAUACUCCAACAACUAUGAAGAAUAGAAAUUACUUGAUCGAUAGAAAGCAGUCAACUCCAAGAUCUCUUCACAUGUCGAUCAACUGUUCUUCUCGCACUGGCGAAAUGAACAAAAGGUCAUCUCCAGUUAUUGAGAAGAUUGUGAAUUCAAGACUUGUAAGAUCCAUCACCAAGACAUCUACAGACAGAAAAGCUCAAGAGACUUUGACUACGGCAUCUGUGAAUGGGAUAUCAAAGCAUCCUCAUGGGAACACUCAACCAGAAAUGAGAAGGACUACAGCACAGCUGCAUCAUUCAUUCUAUAGAAGCAGAAUGGUAGUGGGUCAAUCACUAUCAGACAUAGGUUCUUUCAGAACCUAGAGCAGAAGCUGCAUGCAAAGGAAGUCCAACAAGCCAAACCAAAGGGAAAAGCCACAAAUAGUUGUAAGGUCAUGGGUGAAUUGAUUAUUUCAAUCACUAAGCCUAAUGUAAGGAUCCAUCAGGAAAGAGAAGCAUCAAGUAAUUACAUGAACAAGAUUCCAAGACAUCCUUGUUCACCAAAAUUCAGUAGGAAGACAGGGUCAACACUCCAGGAUAACAACACUAGACCGCCAUGGAGGUUUUCAGGGAAGUCUAGUGAAUCAAAAGGUGUUAACAAAAAUCUCCCUCGAACACAGAAUCCUAAGUUACUUCUCAAAGAAAGUAUGCGUGAAAAUGCUUCUCCAAAUAUCCAAGCUUGAGUGCAGAGGGAUGAAACUCUUUUACAUCAACAGUAGACAGUACGUUAUCCCUUAAUCAAGACCUAUUCUUUAUAUGAAACAACAUGCUGCCGCUGCAAAUGGUAAAUAGGACAAUAAGAGUUUUUUUAAGAGAUUGAAUCCAAGUCUCUAAUUAAAUAUGCUAAUCAGUUUUGCAAUAUUGAUUCUCCAUAUAUAUGGUGGAUGUAUAGUAGUUCUUCACUGUAUCAAUCGAGAGCAGCUGUAAUGCUUUUCUAUUUAAUCAUUUAUCAACAUUCCUGGUGAAACUUCUAAGUACUAUUUUGUUAGGAAAGGAGUAGUAGGAUAUAAAUAACAUAUAGAAUACUCUGGUCUUCAGCUUGGCUUUGUACUUUUUCUACAAUGUCCUGGGAUGAGGCUGUUACUGAAAUAUACUAUGCUACAUUUCUCGCUAAACCUUCAUAAUUUCAUUAUAGAAGUAUGCCUCAUUUGGUGUGCA